UGGUCUCCAGGGUUGAGGAGAAAGGAAAUAGAGACAAGAAUACUGACUGGAGGAGCUUCCAUGGUGGCGGGGCCUUCUUCGGCUCCAAGAAGUGUUUGAAUCAGAAUGCAGACUCUUUGAUUUAAAAUUACUUGUCAACAAGCCCUUGAAUUAAGUGACUUACUGGGAACCAAACAACCCAGACUCGGAAGGAGUAACAGGAACCCCCUGCUUCGUUUCCUUCUCCUAAGGUUCCCCCCCACCGCCCCAUGCUGAUUUCCAAAUGAAGAACAACAAAUGAAAUAACAGGCGAACACUUUGUAAAUAUAGAGUGUUUUACAAAUAAUCUAAGCACAAACAAAGCUGUAAGUGGUAGGGAAACCCAGGCCACGCAUUUUGUGAUGGCUUCUGUUCAUACAUUAGGGAGCCUGAUGGGACCCCCACUAAACAAUUACUUACCAGCUGUUUGCUUUAAUCUGAUCAGUUACAAAAAUACAGCAGUUCUUACUGGUAGUAAAUAUGAUAGACAUAAAAUGAAAGCCAUGCGGGUGAUUGACAUUUUUUUUUUGUAAACGCUGUCUAUAUGGGUGGUGGAAACUGGUUUUAACUCUAAUUCCAGAAAUAUCAAUAAGUUUAUAUCUGUCUUCCCGAGAGAUUUGGAGAGAAGACACUGAAGGCUUAGAGAGCACACAUUGUGAUUUCUUUGACAAUGGAAAGCACCGUGCUAAUUUGGAGAAACUCAAUGUGUAGGUUAAUACUAGUAGUGCCUCUUAAUUAAGUUUCAGUGGAUAGAAGGGGUAUUAGGAACGGAAUACAUAGGAGAUUUUAUAGAAUCUCUGAUUGAGGCAAGCCACCAGUUAUUUCUACUGUGCAUGCUAAUUUAAAAAUAAUUCAAUAACGAUUCAAUUUGUGUCAUCCUGGCAUUUACAAGGGGACAUGAAGAAGUCUUGCUUGUCAUUAUUCACCCAAUAGCAGUUUGUAGACCCUUACAAGUUCCCAUAUGUUAGUGAAAAACAUUUUCCAAGAAAUUGGCAGGAUCGCACUUUGUAGCCCAUGCCAGCUUCUUCCUGGGGCCAAUUCAACAGAGAAGAGAGAGAAGGCAAAAAGGAUAGAAAAAAAAAAAAAAAGGCCUUCCUUGUGUUAGUGGCUGAAUUACUCUGACAGGCUUUCACCUUGCCCCUCCUCUUAUUAAUAUUCUUUUUGAUGUGAGCUUGUAAAACAGAGGAUUGGCUGUUAAUCUCCAAGAUCUCAAGGGCUUUUGGCAGUGGCCCAUAAUUGAUGUGUUCACAUGGCUGUUGUCUGACUACUAAUGAUCAGACAGCAGCGUUAUCUACCAGCUAAAUCUGUGUUGCUUAUAAAUCACACUUGAUAAACUGAAGUUGCAUUUCUUCAAAGAGUCCGUACAGAAUGCCAGGGGCAUUUCAUGAUUCUCUGACAGCUUAGAUUAGGUUUAUUUUUCAUUUCUGUUUGACAAAAUAUUAGACUCCCUAACGCAAGGGAAAGGGAAUUUGUUUUGUUUCUCUAACGAGGCAGUUGGAGGAUGGGGUGAUAAGCAGAGAAGGAUGACCGGAUGACCUGUUUUCUACCCAGAGGAUGCACAGAUUGGGGUGGCAGAUGGAAUUUUCGCUAUUGUUGCCAUCCUUCAAGGUGAGCGGAGUUUGGUCCAUGGCAUAGUGAAAGACAAAGGGCAGAGGAAAGUUCUAAGAAUGUGGGUCUGGCCUCAGAUUGUGACACGGCUGGGGCAGGGUAACCAGAACUGUGAGAUUACAGUAGCCAUUCAGUCACAGUGUGUGUUGAGCCUGUGUGUCAGGUAUGUCUUCCUUCUAUGGAAGGCCAAGAGGAAGGAGACAGAAGGUUUUACAAAAUAAGGUUGACCCCCUGUUUACAGUGCCGGCACCACCGCCGCCGAUUGCCAGCAGUCUCGCACCUCAGAUUCCGCCCUCCUACUUUCCCCCAUCUUCAUCCAAUAUUGCAGCACCAGUCGAACAGCUUUUGGUUCGGACUCGGUCCGUGGGUGUCAAUACGUGUGAAGUUGGAGUAGUGACAGAGCCAGAGUGUCUUGGGCCCUGUGAACCUGGGACCAGUGUCAAUUUGGAAGGGAUCGUGUGGCAUGAAACAGAAGAAGGUGUCCUAGUGGUCAAUGUCACGUGGAGGAACAAAACCUACGUGGGGACCCUCCUAGACUGCACCAAGCACGACUGGGCCCCUCCCCGGUUUUGCGAAUCACCGACAAGUGACCUGGAGAUGCGAGGGGGCCGGGGCAGAGGGAAGAGAGCGAGGUCUGCCGCGGCUGCCCCAGGCUCCGAGGUCAGCUUCACCGAGUCCAGAGGGCUGCAGAGCAAGAACAGAGGGGGAGCCAAUGGGAAAGGGAGGCGUGGCAGCCUCAACGCCAGUGGACGAAGGACACCCCCAAACUGUGCUGCAGAGGACAUAAAAGCCAGCCCUUCCUCAACCAACAAAAGGAAGAACAAGCCCCCAAUGGAGUUGGAUCUGAACUCGAGCUCUGAGGACAGUAAGCCCGGAAAGCGAGUGCGCACGAAUUCCAGAAGCACCCCUACCACUCCUCAGGGGAAGCCAGAGACAACUUUUUUGGACCAAGGCUGCUCCUCUCCAGUGUUAAUUGAUUGUCCCCACCCAAACUGCAACAAAAAAUACAAGCACAUAAACGGCCUGAGGUACCACCAGGCACAUGCGCACUUAGACCCGGAAAACAAACUAGAGUUCGAGCCGGAUAGCGAGGACAAGAUCUCAGACUGUGAGGAAGCCUUGAGCAACGUGGCCCUUGAAUGCAACGAGUCAAGCACAAGUGUGUCAUCAUACGACCAGGCGAAAGCACCUGGGUCCCCCGGGGCUGGGAACCCCCCUGGGACACCCAAGGGAAAGAGAGAGCACGUGAGCAAUGGCCCAGGUCCUAUUAUAGGUUCGAAAACUGGCAAGAAUUCUGGCAAGAAGAGGGGCCUUAACAAUGAACUGAACAACCUUCCUGUCAUCUCCAACAUGACGGCCGCUUUAGACAUUUGUUCAGCCACAGACAGCAGUCUAACGGCGGAAAUGCCCAAACUGGAAGCGGAAGGACUGAUUGACAAGAAAAGUUUGGGGGAUAAAGAAAAGGGCAAAAAAGCAAACAAUUGCAAAAUGGACAAAAACCUCUCCAAACUGAAAAGUGCCCGCCCCAUUGCCCCCGCCCCUGCCCCUACGCCCCCACAGCUGAUUGCUAUACCGACUGCAGCCUUCACAUCCACCACCACAGGGACCAUACCUGGACUGCCCUCCCUCACGACCACUGUGGUCCAGGCUACACCAAAGAGCCCUCCAUUGAAACCUAUUCAACCAAAGCCCACAAUUAUGGGGGAGCCCAUCACCGUGAACCCAGCUCUGGUGUCACUCAAAGACAGAAAGAAAAAGGAGAAGCGAAAGCUCAAGGACAAAGAAGGGAAAGAGACUGGAGGUCCCAAAAUGGAUGCUAAGCUGGGGAAGCUGGAGGAAGCCAAGGCAGCUAGCAAGGAUUUGUCUGGGCAUUUUUUAAAGGACCAUCUCGGUAAGAGCGAAGGGCUGGCUAAUGGGUUGUCAGAGUCUCAGGAGAGCCGCAUGGCCAGCAUCAAAGCCGAGGCCGAUAAGGUUUACACGUUCACGGACAAUGCCCCCAGCCCUUCCAUCGGGAGUGCCUCACGCAUGGAAUGCAGUACCCUGGUGAAUGGGCAAACACCCAUGGCACCACUGCAUGUGUUGACCCAGAAUGGGGCUGAGAGCACAGCAGCUAAGACCAGCAGUCCAGCCUAUUCGGACAUAUCAGAUGCCGCAGAUGAUGGCGGUUCUGACAGCAGGUCAGAGGGCAUGAGGUCAAAGGCCAGUUCCCCAUCAGAUACCUUUUCUAACAAAGAUGGUGUUGUGAAAGGGCAUCCUUCAACUUCAGCACAGCCAUCUCAGCUGAAAGAGUCCCAUUCUCCCUAUUACCAUGGCUAUGAGCCUUACUAUUCUCCGAGUUACAUGCACCCUGGACAGGUUGGUGCCCCUGCAGCUGGGAAUGGUGGGAGCACACAGGGCAUGAAGAUCAAGAAGGAGUCGGAGGAAGAUGCAGAGAAGAAAGACAAGGCGGAACAGUUGGAGUCCAAGAAAGUAGACCAUACUUCUGCACCCCUGCAGCCUCAGCACCAGUCAGUCAUCACCCAGAGACACCCUGCCCUGGCUCAGUCACUUUAUUACGGCCAGUAUGCCUACGGGCUCUAUAUGGACCAGAAAUCUCUGAUGGCUACCAGCCCUGCCUACAGACAGCAGUAUGAGAAGUACUAUGAGGACCAGAGGCUGGCAGAGCAGAAAAUGGCCCAGAGUGGGAGAGGAGACUGUGAAAGAAAGGCUGAACUUCCCUUGAAAGAACUGGGCAAGGAAGACAAUAAGCAGAAAAACAUGCCAUCAGCCACUAUCUCAAAAGCUCCCUCUACCCCGGAGCCUAACAAAAACCAUUCUAAACUAGGGCCAUCAGUGCCUAAUAAAACUGAUGAGACAGGUAAAUCACAGCUUCUCUCCAGUCACCAGCAGCAGCUUCAGGCCGACAGCUUCAAAGCUAAGCAGAUGGAAAACCACCAGCUUAUUAAGGAGGCUGUAGAAAUGAAGUCUGUCAUGGACUCUAUGAAGCAGACAGGUGUAGACCCAACCUCGAGAUUUAAACAAGAUCCAGAGUCAAGGACAUGGCACCAUUAUGUAUACCAGCCCAAGUACCUGGACCAACAAAAGCCAGAAGAACUUGACAGAGAAAAGAAAUUGAAAGAGGACAGUCCAAGGAAGACUCCUAACAAAGAGAGUGGCGUGUCCAGUCUUCCCGUGUCAUUAACAAACAUCAAAGAGGAGCCCAAAGAGGGCAAGCGUCCUGAUUCUCAGUCGGUGGAGGACAGCAAGCUAAAGAAUGAUGAUCGGAAGACACCCGUGAACUGGAAGGACUCUCGGGGCACACGAGUGGCCGUGUCCUCACCCAUGAGUCAGCACCAGUCCUACAUACAGUACUUGCAUGCUUAUCCUUACCCACAGAUGUACGACCCCAGCCACCCUGCAUACCGCGCUGUCUCUCCUGUCUUAAUGCACAGUUACCCUGGGGCCUAUCUCUCUCCAGGAUUUCAUUAUCCUGUUUAUGGAAAGAUGUCUGGGAGAGAAGAGGCAGAGAAAGUCAAUACCAGUCCCAGCAUCAACACAAAAACAGGCAGCGAAGCCAAAGCCCUGGACCUACUCCAACAUCACGCCAACCAAUACCGCAGCAAGUCCCCUGCUCCUGUGGAGAAGGCUUCCACGGAGCGAGAACGGGAAGCAGAGCGGGAACGGGAUCGCCACUCCCCCUUCAGCCAGCGGCACCUGCACACACACCACCACACCCAUGUUGGCAUGGGCUACCCUCUCAUCCCUGGUCAAUACGACCCUUUUCAAGGUUUGACCUCUGCUGCCCUAGUUGCCUCCCAGCAGGUGGCUGCCCAGGCAUCUGCUUCUGGAAUGUUUCCUGCACAGAGAAGAGAAUAACAGAAUCGGAAGUGUCCGGUGCCAUGUGACUGGAUCACGUGGGGAAGCGCUUUAUAUAGACAUCAGUUCCAUGGUGUUAAUUUGAAAUGCCUUAAUGGCAGGCAAAAAACCAGUCAUUUCAUUUUGUAAAUUACAGAUUUUAUCACAGAGUAACAAAUGUUGCUGUAAUUAAACUUCUGUUUUAUAUAUAUGUAUAUAUAUACGUAUACAUAUCUGUAUAUAUACAUAUAUAUAUAUAUACAUAUAUAUAUAUAUAUAUAUUCUUUACUUUUUUGUAACAGUAACCAGGCUCGCACACACAGGGUCUGCUGCCAAGUUGCAAACCACUCAGUAAAGGAAAUUAAAAAAGAAAAAAAAAUGUAUUUGUCAUGUUGAAAGUGUUAGCCAUAACAGGCUGCUUACAUUCUUUUCCUUUUAAAUUGUAAAUAAAUAAUGUUCUGUAUCAGUGUGCCUGAACCUUGCAUAUCCUUCAUCUCUCUCCCAUAAAACCCCUCAGAAAGGCCAACUGUGAUGAUGACACUUGGUACAAUUUAGAUGUCUAAUUGGUGGCUCCUCUUAAAGAUGCAUCAGUGUAAAAAAUGUCCCCGUGGUCACUCUUUGUACUUGUUUAUUGUGGAAAUAAAUACUUUUGGAAGGCAUGGGGUUGCCAGAACCACAAAAACUGUGUUGUAUAUAUAAUGUAAAAAUUAAGAUGGGGAAAUAAUGAGCAUCUGUGAAUAAUGAGGUGUCAUUUUUUUUUUGAUAAUCUUGAAUGGCAGAUAACCCAAUAGCCUGCAUACCAGAGACAUCUGCGAUCUCUCUCUUACUUGAAUAGCCCUGCAGUCUUUUUUUUUUUUUUUCCUUUUUUUUCUUUAAUGUUUACAAUUACCCAGUUUUAGAAGAGAAGGAUUUUAACGCCAUUGCCUGGUUACUUGUUUUAUGCUGUAAUCUAGUUUAUUUUAUGUAAAAUGUAUAUUGAAUGCUUUCCUUUUUAUACCUGCCUUAAAUAAUUUGGCAAUCAGAAUUAAAAAGGUUUUGUUUUGUUUUUUUUUUAAAUAAUG